AUUUAUUAAUAAAAUAAAAUAAUUUCUAUAUUUUUAUCCAAGUUGUUAUACAGAAAAUAAAAGCUCUGUGCUUUGCAAAUCUCCCGUUCUUCGGCGUUCUCUGUGGCCAGAAAGGUCUGCAUGACUUUCACAGCAUGAAAUGAAAAUGUCUUUCCUCUUAUGCUGUUGGUAACUUCCUCUUUCUCCGAGUCGAGAGGUGUGCGUACAAAUGUGAAACAGUCAAGUGGAGGCUGCUGCUGACACACGUCUGAAUGAGAUGCCUGUCUAAUGAGUCCACAGAGCAAGAACCUUCAUCAAAUGAUACUAAAAUACUCUUGAACUGUCUGUACUAACCAAGGAGGUGAAGAAGGCCACAGAUUCUCCACAAUCAUGCUGAAGCAGUUUAACAUCUUAAAGCAGUUUGGAAAUGGGGGGAAGUCACAAGAUGCAACUGACCUUCUCACAGAUGAUCUGGUUUUGGUUGAACAGCGCGUGGAGCCAGCCAAGAAAGCUGCCCAGAUCAUCCAUAAGAAGUUGGUGGGUUGCCUGCAGAGUCAGCAGGGACUGGACUCGGAGAGACGAAUGAAAAAAUUACCCCUCAUGAUGUUGUCUGUCAGUAUGGCUGAGAGCAUUAAGGAUUUCGAUGGUGAUUCUUCUAUAAGGAAAGUUUUGGAAAUGUGCUGCUUCAUGCAAAAUACCCUGGCGCAGACUUUGGCUGACUUCGAAAUGAAACUGGAGAAAGAAGUUCUUGUGCCUCUGAAUAAGCUUAGUGAGGAGGACUUGCCAGAGAUCUUGAAAAACAAAAAGCAGUUUGCUAAACUUACUACAGACUGGAAUAAUGCUCGUACCAGAUCUGAGACCAGCACAGGCCCACAGGCCAAGCAGCACGGACUGAGAGAAGAUGUGGAGGAAGCCUGGAGAAGACUGGAGUCUAUUAAGGAUCAGUACUCUGCAGACCUCUAUCAUUUUGCCACUAAGGAGGAUGACUAUGCCAGUUACUUCACCCGUCUUCUAGAACUACAAGCUGAAUAUCACAAGGCUUCAUAUGAUUUCCUGGAGAGAAACAUAACUGAGCUCAAGGAGAGUCACAGCCACACAGAGCCGCUGGUGAGUUCCUCUGAAAAUAAGGUAUUUGGAGAGCCGCUGCUGUCUCACCUUCAGAGCUGCAGGAGGAAGAUUGCUGUCCCCAUUGAGGAGUGUGUGAACAUGCUGUUACGUACAGGACUCAGGGAGGAGGGGCUGUUCAGACUAGCAGCCGCAGCGUCUGUUAUGAAAAAACUGAAAAGCAGUCUGGAUUCAGGCACAGUCGACCACACUGAGUUUAGUUCUGACCCUCAUGCUGUUGCAGGGGCUCUUAAAUGUUACUUGCGAGAACUGCCUGAGCCGCUUAUGACGUUUGAACUAUACGAUGACUGGUUUGAAGCUGCAGGAGAAAAAGAAACGGAUGAAAAACUAAAGCUGCUCCGGACAGCGUUGCAAAAACUUCCCACAGAAAAUUAUAACAAUCUUAGAUACCUUAUUCAGUUCCUGUCACAAUUAUCAGAGCAUCAAGCAGUGAAUAAGAUGACACCCAGUAACAUUGCCAUUGUGCUCGGUCCUAAUCUACUGUGGCCUCGCUGUGAGGGAGAGACAUCAUUGCUGGACAUGGCAUCUGCUUCUUCAGUGCAAGUUGUGACUAUCAUAGAGCCGCUUAUACAGCAUUCCAAGAGCCUCUUCCCAGAAGAAGCUGAUUUUGAGGUCCCAGUGCUCCCUGAAAGCCCGCUCUCAACAACAUCCCAAAGACCUCUUUCUGACAGCAUCUUACCUUCUCCUCCUUUUUCCUCCGGUCGACCAUCCAUAUCAAAAACUGACAGCUCAGCCUCCUCUGAUGACUUCGGGGUGACAAUAGUUGUUAAAUCAGCUCCUGUGAACCGCGACGCUGUUGUGUGGGACAACGAUUCUGAUCCAACCGAUCAGCCACUGACACAGGAUCACAUGCCCACAGCACUUCCUCGUUACACUCCGGUACUCACUCCGAGCCAAUCACAGGUUAUGCCACAGAUCUCCUGCAUAUCCGAGCCAACUCAGGAUCUGCCCACCCAGGAGCCCACAUUGAAGAUCGCUGGUCCUUAUAAACCAAGGAGGUCAUUCAUCCAACAAAAGGCACCAAACUACACCAAAGGCCUUCUUGUAAGCCCAGCAAUGUCAUUCCCAACAGCCCAGACAAAGUUGCCUCCUGUUCCAUUGCCUAGAGGCUCAGAAAUAAAACCACCACUUUCACCCAAGCCAGAAACCAUGUUAGUACCACUGCCUACAUUACCUGAAGGAGGACCACCAAAGAAACCUCAAGGCAGAAGACCCAAAGUUCCUCCUCCACAACCACCGCAAGCAUUGAACAAGCAGCUCUCAUCUUCUGCUCAGUGAAGCCCAAAGGAUACUUCAUUUCUUUAUCUAUGAAGAAAAUGUAAGUUAGCAUAAGUGUGCAGUAGCAUGCACAGCCUUUCACAAUUACUCUGUGUGACAGUGUGCACAAACACAGACACUUAACACAUGUGCAAGAAAAAGAUUCAUGUCAGUGUCUCCUAGUGUGAUUUAUGCCCAGUUAAAAAGAGAUUCUGUAGCCAGAUUUUGACGCCGUACAUUUGGCAUCAGGCAUGUGUGACUCUUGGGAUUGAGUUCAGCACAACACACCUGUAAAUUAUGGGUGCUUCUCAAUGUCUCUACUUAUUUUCUCGUUCCUCUGUCCUACGACAGCAAACACCGAUCAAGUUCAGCCAUCUUGUAGCUAUCUUAAUUCUCUAAAUGCACAUUAUGAUGUCAUGAGAAAGGAUUCUUUGCGGAUGUUUUUAUUGACUAAACAUGACCCAAGUUAUAUUAAACCAAUUGGCUUGA